GCACCAUUCCCCGCAGCAGCGGCGGCAGCAGCAGCAGGAGGAGGAGGAGGUGGUGGAGUUUUGCUCCUCGCGGCUCUGGGGGCUCCUGCGCCGACUCCUCCAUCAAGGGUAUUCGUCUGGACCCCCCAGCAUGGCCCAGUGAGCACAGUCGCCGGCCCCCAGCUGCCCCCGCUCCCUCCCACCUCUCACCUCUCCAGGACUCAUGGCCGUGGAGGAGGGUGGCGCAGCACCGUUGGGCCAUGAGGUGCGGGCUCCUUGUGCUGUCCGAGGGCCCCAGCGCAAGGUCUCAGCGCAAGCACCGGCCGUCCUGCCACAGUGAUGACCCAGCUACCAGCGCGUGCCUCAUCGCCGACGCAGGGCGGCACCGGCGGGCGGCUCACGGGCGGCGACGAUGAGCAAUCGCUGCAGGCGCGACCUCGCAUCGUACAUCCACGAGCAUGACGGCGGCGGCGACACGGACGAGGCGCAAUGGCGCGCGGAGGUGCUGUGCCGACGCUGCUCGUCAAUGGACAUACGGCGAGCGGAGCAUGUGGAGCACGUGGAGCACGUGGGGCGCAUGGAACAUGCAGCAGCAAGAGACGCCAAUGUCUGUCGGGAGGCGACGGCGCACACGCAGGUGGCAAGCGCCGAGCGGGAAAGGGAACGGUGCGACUGCUGCAGGGCCCAGGGGAGGGCCGCUGGCCACGGUGGAGACGCCAUACGUGGCCCGUCCCCAGAGAAGCACCGGGCGCCGGAGCGAGUGAGGAGGAACAGCCGUGGGGAAGGGACACACGGUGGUCUCUGCAGGAAUAAGCCGGGUGGCCCCAAGAGCAACCCUACCAUCGGAAUUGCCUACCCGCAACAGAAGGCCGUUCCACAAAGGAGGGCCCCAGGGCCGCGGCCGCCCGUCAACGGGAGCUACCGCUUCCACGUGCCCCGCAUCCCCGAGCGCGAAGCCGAGCUGCAAAAGGAGGACAUUGGCCACCGGCAGCGCGGGGAGGCACCGCACUUCCAUGCCCGGCCGCCCGUGGGAAAGUGCCCGCCGCUGCCCACGCGUACCGCUCAGCAGCAGCAGCACGAUGCAAGCCCGCGGGUCUUCCCGGACGGGCGGACGCAGGGUGGUGCCUUCCGCGAUGAGCUGGGUUCUGUUGGUCAUGUCCCGCACUUCCGCCGCGGCGCGACUGCCGCCACUCCCUGGGGGUUUGCGAGUGCUGGAGGGGAAGCGGCAUCGUCUGACGAGAGCAACUUGCUCCCCGGCGUCGUCGAAACCUCGCUCCUCGCACAGUCGCUGCAGGCCGUGUGCGGGCAGCAGCGGCCUCUCCCGCGUGACUCCCCCCCCGAGCCGCUCACGCAGGGACCCUACUCGCUACAGCCGCCACCGCGCUUCUGCCACGGAGAGCACUCCGUGCACAGGCUACCCUAUGGCGAAAUGCACUCUGUGCCUUUCCAGUGCACCGCGCAGCUCCCCGUCAAACACUUUCCUCUGCCCCUAUUACAGCAAUCCACCCUGUACCACCAUGGGCCAAUAGCACCCUGGGUGGAGUGCUCGCACCCAUCUGCCCCGUUCAGCCCCAUGGAGCCCUCGGAUGACGACCCGUCUGGCCCUGCGCAGGCGGCGCCCUUCGGCUUCCAGGGUCCGUGCUUGCCGACGUUCGACGGCAGCGCCACCUCCGACUGCGGCUUCCUGAUUCAGAAGCACGGCAGCCUGAAGCAAAUGCCAACCAGCUUCUCCGCUGGCAAUGCGGCCGAGCAAGUGGCCGGCGAUGGCGUGAAUGGCACGGACGCAUUCCUUCUGCCUCCGUGGGAGCUGCAGGAGGCGCCGUCGCUGUGCGUGGAGGCCGACAAGGGACUACCGUUCCUGUGCGGGCAGGAGCCUCGCUUGGACCAGCUGACACAUGGCACCUUUCCCAGCAACAGCAGCAGCAUUAGUGGCAGCAGCGUGGGUCAUCAGGAGCAGCACAUGUCCCUGGGCCCGGUUCCCCUGGGCCUGGCCAAGCUGCCCUGGCAGCAGAUCUACCACGCGCCCGUCACGACAAACCAGAAUCGGAUUGAACUGUCGCGCCAGCUGAGCCACCAGCAGCAGCUGGUGAUGUCGGCAUUGGGACCGCACGGCAAGGACUGCGCAGACAGGAAGCGCCCACCACUCCCUUUGGAUGAGGUCUCGGCUUGGAGAUGCGAGGCGGUUGAGGGCUACUCCGGGGCCCCGCAGGGCCCUGUGCCCACCUUUCCUCCCCACGAGAGCCAGGAGCCAAGGAUUCCGGGUGUUUUCUCUUUGCCGCAAGUUUUCUUCGGUGCUCACGUCGGCAGAGGGAAGGCGGCGCCGGUACCCGUUAGUGCGGCGAGCGUGGCCGCUUCCCUGCAGAUGUCACCAUCCUGCACUGGUUCUGGAGGGCCCUGGUCGGGACGGACACGCGCAGGGCCCUGGGGCUGCGAGGGGGGCGUGCCACCGAGCGACGCGGGACUCGACUUGCCGGCGCCGGGUGAACGACAGUCUCGCCUGGACGCCGCGGGGCAACUCUUACAGGAUUCACUGUGCAGGGUCAUGGGAAUGCACGUGGCUGCGCAAAACCAGCAGAGCUUCCUCAACUCCCUCAAUGGUGCCAGCUUGGAUGGUCUGGACGUGUUCUUGACGUGCCGGCAGUGCGACAAGAACUUCGUCGACGUGGCAUCGCUGCUGCAGCACCGGCAGACGUGCAGCGUGCCGACCGGGCCGAGUGCCGCUCUGCUGGAAAGCGUGACCUCCUCGCUCGGCGGCGGCUCCUGUCGCUCGGCAACGCAGCGGCCCGUGUCAACGCAGCUUCCCGAGGGCGGAGGUGUGAGAAGCUUUGAGUGCGGCUCGAGGGCCUCCUCCUCCUCCGUCUGCGCCGAGAAUAUCCCGGCAAAAGCCAACAAGGACGAGCUCUCGGUCAACCCGAGCCAGCUGGCCACAGCUCCAGGCCACCUCACUCAUGCGACGGAUUUGGACAUGGACGACGCGGCCCGGCUCGACAGCCUGAUCAUCGAGACGCUCAACGGACUGGGCUACCACACGGACGAUGGCGAGCUGGACAGCAGCUUCAUCGAGGCGUUCGCGGACGAAGAUGCGCCCGUGCCACGUCGUGCCGGCGACGUCGCGGCGGCGGCCACGUUGCCACAACCUCCGGAGAGCACAGCGGAGGUGGCCGCAAGGGACAACGACGUCGGGAAGGGACACGAGGAGACGUCGCCCACGGCGACCGCGGGGCGAGGCAGAGCCAGUCGACACCGGGGUAGGCGCGGGCGAGGCAAGGACAUGCGGCAGCUGUACCACACCAGCCGGAGGAGCAAGAAGAAGCAGCGAAGGGGACGGUGGGCAGCCCUGCCAACCGGGAAGCGGAAUGGCUAUAACCUCACGAUCACAACACCUGUGACGUGCAUGCCCACAACACCUGUCUUCUUGAGACGAGACAUCCUGGCACCAUCACCAGACAGCGCGAGUAGCCCUCUCCGGCCACACCAUACAUCCUCACACGAUGUUGGUGGUGCCACUGGUGGAGGUCUGGGAGAUGGCACUCUUGAUGGGAACACGUGUGGAAAGGAUGGACUCAGUGCUGACAUGGUGGAGUCCCUCGGCUCACGCCCGGAGAAGCCUCUGCCCUCCGUGUACAAACCCAUUGCUCACAGGAGCAUUAAACAUGUGGACGUGCUGAGCCGGAGGGGAGUGAGUGGCCGGCUAAACAAGGAGCUCAUUCACAAAAUCGUGCUGCAGAAAAACAACUUCUAUAAAGUGAGAAUGAAGCCAUGGAGGUCGCCCCUCGACAAGUUGAAGCUCGUUUUAAACAUCCCAAAGUCCGUGGAGAAAGAUCAGCCACUCAGCGAGUACGACUACAUAUCUGAUACAGACACGGAUUACGAUCCCAUGGGAGGCAAGGGCAUAAAGACCGACCUAAGAGAGGUUCCUUUGAAACAGCCAAUCGCACCAAGUGAGAGGUUGAACAUCGCCUCAAAUUCACAGACCACCACAAAUUUCUCACUGGGGAAAAACAGACUCCAAUCUGAUACUGUGCAACAAUCAGAAUUUCCUGAGCACCAGAAAGAAUCACACGCCUGGAAGGAGCAGCACAAUGAAGACACAGAGCUGGGCAUGGCCACUGAACAUUGUAAGCAUGACGGUGGCAGUUGUGCCAGUUCCGGCGAGGCGGCAGUGUCAAGGCAAGAGGAAUCUCAGCCAGAGAUGGAUAGGGGGUCACUUGGCGGCAUAUGCAGCCCAGGGCUACAGGGGGGGCCCCAGUUCCAUGAGGGAGCUUCUCUACAGGCCCUCAGCAGUCCCUGCUGGAGACUGGAGGAUCAUGAAAGGUGGAGCGAUGCCGUGAGCUGUGAGUCAGGGAGCAGCAGAGAUGACCCGACACAGAACUGGGAACCCGGCGCUCAGCACUCGGACUCAACCAGGCCCCUGCAGCAUCCGUUGCCGGCAGUCUCUCCUGGCGCCAGCCACUCACUGGCGAGUACUGCCCUCGAGGUAUUUGACUUGGGUGGCAGCGCCAGCCCUCAGCUGCCCUUCCCGCCGGGCGGCCACCUGGGAAAGACAGCGGCUCACUUUGACGCAGAGGACAUCCUGGAGGCACUGCAGCUCAGCGAGCUGGGCGAGCGGUCGCGGUGUGAACCGAUCGAGGCCAGCGGAGUGGCACAUGCCACUGACAUCGGCCAGGAUGGCAGCGCGGCCCACGUGGACACUUUGAGUACCACGGAUGCCAUGGAGAAGGAGUGGUCCUUCCUAGACGAGAUGAGCAGUAUUUUCUCGGGGAAUUUUGACCUCAACCAAGAGCUGAACUCGAAUCUAGCGCAGCCACUGCUCAGUCACGGUGGAAAACUGUCGCUGAAUAUGGAAAGUAAUUUCGAAGAACAGACAGACAUCGGCUCUACAGAAUUCCACAUGACAGACACGUUUCACACCCCGCCUUUAGUCCAGGGUAGCAAGAUCAAGAACAUAAUGGACACCAUUAAAAAUAUUACAGAUGUGGAACACCUUAAAAACACAGCUUUGCACAAUGACACUUGCAUCUGCACUUCAGAGAGCAGCAACAGCAGUAGCAACGGAAGCAGCCUCGGUGAAGGACAGCCAGCCGAGUGCAGGAGAGGAAAAGCACAGUCGCCCGAGUCUGUUGUGGCAGUGCCGAGUGAUGCCAAGCAAGCCAAGACAAAACCCAUCAGCUUCCUGUCGCCAGUGCUGCACUGUGACUUCUGGACAGGCGACUUCCACCCAUUCAGCCCUUGCUUCGAUGAAGCGCCAUCACCGUCCCCGGACUCCCGUGCGCUCACCGUGCUCGAGCGCUAUCUGCCCUGCGACAACAACACAAGCGAAAGUGGUGCUCUAACCAUGUCCCCAGUGACCCGGAUGAUGAGGACGACGACAACAAUGCCACUUGGAGCGAAGUUGCCGCAGGUUGAAUUGGGGCAGCUUGGUUCGCAAGCUCCCGAGGACACGAGUUUCCUGCCAUCAGCUCCACUAAGCGUCCUCGCUGCACUGUGUCACUCGGAUGAAGAUGCUGCAGCAAUGGUCGCCCCCUGUGGCAUGCUGAAACCGUCAGACUCUGAAAAACUAGAGCCUUCACAUAAUGGUAAUGUUACUGUGUGCGAAUACACGGGGUCUCUAACAGCUGAGCAGGAAGCAGGAAGAAUUUCACUGGGACUGGUAAAGAACUUGGAAUGCGAUGAGGUCCACACACAGCCUGCAGUUACUUGUGAUGAAGCUACAUGUCUCUCUGAAAACGCCACACUGAACGGAGUCCCUGAACUCUGUGAUGAAGGCCCUGAAGCUGCAGUAGCAUGCAUCAAGGAGAAGGCCAUGGUAGUUUCAAGUUCAGUGCAGGGUGACCCACCCAUCUGUUCAGAGUUGGAACCAAGGGACUCACCUUACUUCCCUACAGAUGGAGCACCUGGAGUUGGAAUACAUUCGCCCAAGUGCCAGAUGCCCAUGAAUCCUGCCGUAGGCCUUCACGAAGUUCUCUACUCCCCUAUUUCCCCUGACAGCUUCAUCUUCGGUGACGCGGCGAGUUGUGAUGGUGGCUCUGAAACUGACAUCGUGAACAGUGCCGAGUGCGGUGGAUUUGCAGGUGGAGCCUCUGCCAGGGAGGACAUGAAACCAGUUUGCAGAAGCCUUGUGCAAAUUAAUGCAGAUCUCCACGUGAAAUCUCUCCUGGACUCUUCUACACUUGAGCACAGCCCAAAAGCAGAUCCGGAAAUACAGCUCAUGGACAGCAUAGUUAAAUCUGUUGAAUCAAGUUAUGCAAUAACAAAAGAGAAUGUUGAAGCAGUUGGUGAGUGCAUCGAGUCCGCAAAACCUCCAGAAAUGAAAAGACCAAAGGCCACAUGUGAAGGUUUACUCUUUGCAAGCGAGCACAUCUCUUUGGGUCAUAGGAGCAGCAGUUUCUCAGCCACAACAGAGAGUGUCAUGACUUUUUCUCGUGCUUGUCCACACUCCUCUAGUGGUGACCCCUGCCCUGACGAGCCUCAGCAGCAGCAGCAGCAGCCACAAGCAGCUGCGGGAAACAGAUGUCAUCUCACCAAUGCUACAAAGUCGCCUCGUAGAAGGAGAAAUUCAUGCCCCAGUGAAGGAGCGAUGGGUCAGCAGCUGCGCUUCGCAAAAGAAAAUGGAGAAUGUAUCACCUCUCAAUCUGAUGCCGUCCCACUGAAUAUUCUGCACUCAUCUCAAAUUGAAAGCAAAACUGAACGGGAAUUGGAAACCAAGGCAAUGAACCCUUCAGGUGAAACUUGCUUGGGGGAGCGUGGGAACCCAGAGGCCGUUUAUCUUCACGCCGAACCCCAUCGUGGCCUCCCUACCAAAUCUGCCGAGCUCCUGGUCACUGUCGUGGCCCACCAUGAACAAGAACUCAAUCGCACCGCUCAGCACUGGGGCCUGGGUGCCACGCGGCUCCAGGUGGAUGAGGAUAACAGCGCACAUCCGGUGGCCUUCACAACAAGCCGAGGAUCACAACCAGCGCAGCUUGUUGACCGGUGUGAGCCAAUAGGCGAGCAGGAUCGCCCUUCGUGUUUGGGCUCCUCCGUGCUGGAGUUCACUGCUACAGGAGGAGGACGCGGAGGUCACGAAGGAGGCAGAGAUCACGGUGGAGCCAUCGUCAGCGGGGGCCAUGAGCUCCCUCGUUUAAACACGGAGCACACAGGUCCCGACCUUGAUCAGCCAGUCGCAGGUUCAGCCACCAAGAGAGAAAACCACUCUCUCGAUUACGAAGAUGCACAGACAGUGCCAUUGUUGGCGCUGAGUGGCACAUUUGGGAAGUCACCUGCAGAUGUGCAGGUGAGAUUCCUGAGCAGUGGUGAACCUGAAGCUCUGGAGGAAGAAGAAGAACCACCACUCAAGAAGGGCCCUCACUCCAGCCCUCCUGAUCCAGGCUCCAAGAUAAUGAGCCACCCUUGUCCACAUUCGGUAACCCAGGCCCCCAGUUCCCCAAGCAUUGAGGUCAUCACGGGAUGGGGUCCAGAGGAGGCCCCCUCACUGUGCAAUGUGUGCCAGGCUUCCUUCAGGUCCCGGGUGGGAUUAGUGCGGCACAAGGCCAUCAGACACAACGCACAAGUGCAGCUUGAUGACAUCUCGCACGUGAAGGAGGAUGCAGUUGAGGGGGCAGAACCGGUGGUGGCAGAAUCAGUGGGGGCAGCACAGGAGGGAAUAUCGCAUCCUAACCUUUCCAUGCUCACACACAACUCCGACCUGCGCUGGCCACACAAGCAACCUGUGGCAGACAUUGACGGCUGCUCACGUGCCCAUAUAGCACAACUAGACUCGACCAUAACGAGCACCAACAUCUCGCAGGUGUGCAACGCAGACAUGGCCACGACUGUGAACAGUUCCCGACCAGCGCAACCCGAACUAUCGCCACCGCAAUGUGGUUCUCUCAGCCCGUGCACACCAGUGGUGGAGAACACAGCGCAGGCUUUUGUAGAGAGUUUGUUCCAAUUCAAUGAACUGGACCAAAUUCCUGCAGCUGCGACACAUGAGAGCUCAGGUACUGAGAUGGACGGUGCAGACAACAGCCCUAAAAGAGCUGGUGGUGUUGGUGAAUCCGUGAUGCACAGGCACCGGCUGCCGUCGCUGCUUGCGGGAGACGCAAUAAGAGAUCUGCAUGCACAAGUGGAUGCGGGUGCCGGAUUAGUGAAGAUGUGGGAACCCUGUGCACAACCCAGAGCGACAGAGGAGGAUGCAGAUGUGGGUGGACAGAGAACACCGGAGCCCCGAAGCCCCUUCCUCAUCGCCACUGCUCCAAGGGUGAUGCCUGUCCCCUACAACCAGAAUAAAAGUGUGGAGGAUGAGGAGGACAAGGAGGAGGAGGAGAACGAAGACACAGAACGACAGGACAUGGAAUCACAUGGCAGCAGCAGGGAGGAGCCGAUGGUGCUGCAGGAUCACGGAGCGCGCAGCUUUGAGGCCGACCUUUACCAGGGCCCCUGCAGCCUGCAGGCUUCGCUACCCCUACAAGACACGUAUCCUGAUUGCCCCAGCGUGGCCAUGUUUAGCGGGAUUCUGGAGGAGAGGGACGAGAAUGGCAGCUGCAAUGGUAACAGACAUCCCCAAUGCAUUCCAGAGGUGGCGCCCAUGGAGAUGAUGGGCCAGUGUGAGUUGACCAAAAGCCCGAUGCUGGACCUACCCGAGGACCCCUUCAUCGAAGCCAUCGAGCGGCACCUGAGCACGGUGCGGGCGCACGCGGAUGCCCCCCGCGACGUCCCAAUGCGCGGCACCGCCGAGCCGAGCGCCGAGGAACCGCACAUCUGUGACCUCUCCUCAGCCACAGCAGCCCACGGCGGCCGAUGCUCACCGGUGCUGGACGAACAGCUCCUGCCAUCCUUCGUGGAGGAACGUCGCCUCUUCUCGCCGUCUCCAUCCGACGCGUCUGAGGCUCUGGUGGACGCGCACCUCCUGGCAGAGCCACUGCCACCGGGGUUCCUCGAGGGGGUCCUCCGGGAACUCGCCGACGAAAUCAAAACGUGUUCCCGGGGCCGGCAAGAGCCGACCGUGAGGAAUCGCGACAAGCAGUACAAGUGUCGCGCAUGUUUCCAGUGGUUCCUCACGCUGGGCGAGCUGGACUUCCACAAGCUGUCACACAUCCCGGCGCCGCCCCCCACUUGCUACAUGUGCGUGCAGCGCAAGUUCAGCUCCCGCGAGCAGCUGCGCGAGCACCUGCGCGAGAAGCACUGCAAGCAAAGUCAGCAGCGCACGUGGAGCUGCGGCAUGUGCCUCAAGGAGCUGUCGGACAUGUGGAUGUACAACGAGCACCUGCGCGAGCACGCGGCACAGUUCUCCAAGAAGGGCCAGGUGCACAAGAUGGCGCUCAUGAUGGCCGCGUGCAACGACGAGUACGGCACCCGCGACUCCGACAACGACGAGGAACGGGGCCCGAAGCCGCAGGCGCCGCUGCUGCCCGCAGGGGCCCUUCCCGAGCCGGUGGCCGGAACCGGCGUGGACGCGACAUCCGUCUCUCCUGGCCAGGGCCCCGGUGGGGCACGAGAGGGACCGGCAACGAAGGUCGCGACUGCGGAACCCGAACAGGAACCCGAACAGGGACCCGAACAGGGACCCGAACAGGAACCCGAACAGGAACCCGAACAGGGACCCGAACAGGGACCCGCGUGCGAGCUGGCGGCCGCGCGCAUCCCCGCCGGGGGGGUCCACCCCGACUGCAAGGACCCUUCGCGUGACUGCCACCACUGCGGCAAGCAGUUCCCCAAGCCCUUCAAGCUGCAGAGGCACCUGGUGGUGCACAGCCUGCAGCGUGCGCACGUGUGCCAGCUGUGUCCCGUCGUCUUCCUCGACGCGUCGGACCUGCGGGCGCACCUGGGCGCGGCUCACGGCGUGGACGAGGAGGAGGCCGAGGUGGUGCGCCACGUCACCAUCUACGACUGCGAACAGUGCGCCGACGUCAUGCACGUCAUCAAGAAGUCCUUCAUCUGCAGCGCUUGCAACUACACCUUCUCAAAGAAGGAGCAGUUCGACCGACACAUGGACAAGCACCUGACGGCCGGGGGAGCCGUCAGGGCCUUCCGGAGGGCCGUGAGGCCGCGGGAGUUGCCCCGUGCCAACACCAGCUCACGUGCACUGACCAUGGAUUGCGGCCCGCGACCGAAGAGGUGCAAACUGGGGGUGGACGAGGGCGACACACUCGAGAUGUUUGCAGAGCGCAGGCGAAUGAUGUUCGGCGAGGAGCCUGGUGAAAUGGACGGAGAUGCUAAGGAGAACCCCAUGCAAUCGGAGACGAUAGGGGCAGCCAACGUCUUCACGAUGUGUGUGGCGAGGUCACAUGGCUUCCAAGCAAGGAUCUUCCCUUCUGAAGCACCUGCUGAUGAUGAUGAUGAUGGAGAUGAUGAUGGAGAUGAUGAUGGAGACGAUGAUGGAGAUGAUGGAGAUGAUGAUGGAGAUGAUGAUGGAGAUGAUGAUGAUGCUGAUGAUGAAGUUCUGCAAGGAAACAGCUGCUUCACCGUUCCUCAUUCCCCGCCUGCACCCCUCACCGAGGGCAAUGUGGAUGAGGUUGCCGUGUCCCGAGAAAGGGUGCUGCUCCGAGGGGUCUCAAUCCCCGCGGGGGGGAUCGACUACAGCACCAGCAGAGGGGGCACCAAUAACAGCAAUAACACGAGGGACACGAUCCACAGCAAUUGUACAGAGGAAAAUCAUAUCAGCAGGACAGGGGGGACAAUCAGCAGCACAGGGGGCACAAUCAGUUGCAGCAACAGCACGGCUAACGCCAAUAAUGGCACAAGCGCGGGAGACGUGAGCCACAGCACCGGCACGGGGGAUGCCGAUAGCAGCAGUAACAGCGGCACAGAGAGCACGAGAAAUAAUUGCAGCAUAGGGGGUAUUAACAGCACCAGCAGUAACAGCAAUAGCAGCACGAUCACCAGCAGCAGUAGCAGCACAGAUAUCACCAAUAACAGCACUAGCAUGGGGGGCCCUAAUAACACCAGUGCCAGCAUGGGGGCCAGCAAUAACAGCACUAGCAUGGGGGCCACCAAUCACAGCACUGGUACCGGGGGUAAUGAUAGCAGCAGCAGCAGCAGCACGAAGAACACAAGACACAGCGCCAGCAGCAGCAGCACCGAUACAGGGGGUGGCACCAACAACAGCUGCAGCAUGGGGAGUGCCGACAGCUACAGCACCAGCACAUCAGGCACCAGCUACAGCGACAACACGGGGGACAUGAAAAGAAGAAACACAGCGGACACCAACAAUAGCAUCAGCGGAGGGAAUACAGAUAGCAACAGCAUGGGGGACGCGAGCAAUGACAGUGGCAGCAGCACAUGGGGCACAAGAACCAGCGGUAGCACCAGUACAGGGUCCAUCAAGAAUAGCAUCAGGAACAGCAGCAUGGGCAUUACCGAUAACAGCAGCGACACAAGGGGCAUCGGAAACAGCAGCUCCAGAAUAGAGGGUUCCAGUGCAGGGGGUACCAGGGCAGAGGGUAACGGUGCAGAGGGUACCAGCAUGGGGGUCACCAGCGAUACCAACAUUUCAGAAAGCAUCAGCGAUAGCAGCAGCAUCACACCGGGCAUCUCCGGCACGAGCGCAGAAGAGUCUCCCGCAGGGGACGGCACGACAGGGAUCGCCGUCGUGGGGCACACCAGCAGCACCAGCACCAGCAGCACCAGCAGCACCAGCAGCAGCACCAGCAGCACCAGCAGCAGCAGCAGAACAGGGACCAACAUCACGGAGGGCACCAGCACGCGGGGCACCGGCACAGGGGACACUUCACCAGGGGGCACCGGCCAGGGAGGCUCCUAUACUCUGACAGAGGGCACCAGCGAUAGCAGCAGCGUUGGGUGUACUUUCAUGAAGAACAUCAGCAACAGCCACGGUACAGGAGGUAUUAGCAAGGGAGGAACUAUCACAGGUGGCACCGGUACGGGGGGUACCAACACGUGGGGCGCCGCCGCCACCACCUGCAGCACCACCAACAGCUACAACCGGAAGAGCUCACCUGAUAAGCCCCAGAGAGGCCCCAAGCGGCCCUGUGACAGCGCUGGCCCCACCGGCGGUUGUAGGGAGGCACCCGGCAAGCGCCUCAAGGUGGCGGCAAGGGCCCCCAAGCCCGGCCACCCCAACCAGACCAUACCUCGUCAUGGACACCACCUGGGUCUCGCCUGCGGUGGUGGGGGAGGAAAUGUCGGUGGAGUCGGCAGUGGAACUGGCGGCAGAGGUGCUGGCGUUGGAAACGUCACCGUAAGCGGCAGUGGAAAUGGUGGUACUGGUGGCGGGAUUGGUGGAACUGGUGGGGGAAAUGUUGGUGGUGGAGUUUCUAGUGAAAAAGUUAACAGUGCCGGAGGUGGAAACAUCAGUGGAAAGAUUUACGGAGCUAGUUUUGGAAGUGGUGAUGGAGUGUCCGGUGGAAAGCUCAAUGGUGCUAGUGGCGGAAACGUCAGUGGAACUUUUAGUGGAACGUCCGCUGGCAAUGUCAACGGUACGAGCUCGUCUGCUGGCGCAAGCGGCGACCUUGAAGACUCCAGGUCCAGCGUCGGCACCCUCUACACGGCCUUCUUCUCGAGCCACUCCUCCUCGCGCGAGGUGCCGGGGCCCCACAGGAGGCCGCUGCUCGAUUCCCUCUGCGGUGGGAGUCGCACGGGGGGCCCUCACACCCCGAGGCCACGGCCGGCACUGCCCGCCAGCUGCAAGUCGGCCCAGUCGCAGCGGGAUCUCCUCAACCAGAUGUUCGGCCACCGCCUCACGACCUUCAAGAUCCCGCUGAGAAAGGAGUGCAAGGAGCAGCUAUCGGAAUAACCAGGAGGCUUAUCAACUAUCUCCACGCAGUGUGGCCCUCUCCUGAUAUUGUGCAGCCAUCACCAUCAGCAGUUAUCUGUCCACUGCUGGAUGAAGGCCUCCCCUUGCCAUCGCAGUCCAACGCUGCUUCUAUGCAUCUCACUUAUACUCGUGUGGUCAAGUACCAUGAAUUACCAGACCAAAGAAGCCUUUACAUUUCUUCUGUCCUGCUGUACCUCUCCAAGAUGUGGCAGAUUGUAUUUUAUACAGACGCGUUUGUUGAUUUUCCUCUGCCGAGGUGGGCGAGGUGGUGACACUGAAGUCAGUGGCCUAGCUACUGAGUGCGCAGGCAGUGCAACUGCACCGGGGAUUCCCACGGGCCAGAGGGGAGGGCCCGGGCACCAGGAGGGUGACGCUGACAAGGGGGAGGGCACAUUGAAUUCCUUGCAACAGCGCCCAUGACAACCACGCCGUGCCACUGGUGUCAGUAUUCUGUGUUAUCUCCUGUAUUUAAAUGUUUACAGCUGUAGCGCUGAGCAAUCGCUCUCGGACACAACCACGAUUUGACGGAAACCGCAACCCAAACACCACGAGCAACUCUUAUCCCACCCAUCCCAGCCGGCACAAUGCUGCAUCAUCGAUUAAUAUUGAUUCUGAAGCUCGCAGCGCACGCGUCGAACUGCGGUGGCGCAGUGGUUAGCGCGCUGCACUAUAAGCUCGGCCGCUUGAGUUCAAUUCCCAGCGCAUGGCUAACAUGAGUGCUCACAUCUAAAUUGGUCCUACGUCCCCUCCCCCAACCUUCACCAACCUGGACUGAGCCAGCGCGGUGAGGUAUGGUCAGACAACACCCCCACGACCGAAAUGGCAUGGGGAGGCCUUCAUUUAGCAGUGGAUUGACUAUAAGGGGCUGAACAUUCUUAUUUUACAUGUAAUGGGUUGACGUUACCCAUCGCAGCAGCCACGAGUGGACGUUUAAUUCACCAGGCUGUGUUACGGGCUGUCACACACGAGUUUGUGUAGCUUCAUCAUUGAUAAACCAACAAAACAAACCCCUGAAAAGUCACUGUCAGAAGUGCUGCAUUGACGUCACUCAACUCCCAUGGACAUGCGAGCGUUUAACGUCGACAUAAGUGCGACGAUAAGCGCGAUAAUUUAUAUCGCUGCAACUGCCACGUGGCGGCUCUGUCGGCUCUUAGUUACCACCCACAAGGGCAGGCUCAUAUCGACGGCACGGAUGCUAAACAUCGGCACCCGUGCCGAUCUCGCAAGAUUUGAGGUGCUAAAAACCACACAUAUAUAGAAGCCUAUAUAUAGAUGUGCAGAAUAACACUAUAUACAGGGUAUAUAUACAUAGCACUAUGAGUGCAGUAUAGACUGCGCAUCUGUAGCUUCUACUAUAUGUGCAGUAUGCUGUAUGACUAUGUAAUGGUGUAAUACAGUACUAUUAGUGCAAUGGAUGUGUAGUAUACAUAGUCUAUAUACUGUACAUACUAUAAAAAGUGUGCAGAGAAGGCUAUUCACUGAUAGGUAAACAAACAAUUUAAUAUCUACAUUAAUAUAUGUGCUUUUGUGUAUAUGUGCCUUCAUAGGUGCUCGCUAACAGCACUUGCCCCAACAGUCUGUUAAGGCUAUACGGGGGAUCUUUGUCUUUGCCGAGUGCAACCUUGGACACAUUAUGAAGUUAAGACACGGCGAUUAUGCGGCCGUGGUUCUGUGAUCUUUCUUUUUACGCGAAUACGGGACGAGCGUGGCCAGCGAAGGGGCAGGAGCCAAUGGGAAGUGAGAUGAGUGGCGGCCGCGCUUCACCGCGCGUGGAAUUCGCGUCGGAGAAAAUGUUGGAUCAGGUGAAGUCGACACAAACACCCACACGUGAAAUUCUAGCUGCGCCUCUUGGAGACGGAAACGUAAUUUGACGCCUUGUAUCGAUAUAACCAAGUCACGUGGCAAGUUAAGUCGACAUCGCUCGUGUCGCAUACAUAAGCCGGUGUUAAUCCUGCCCUCAGUGGGGUCACUGCAUCACUGCUGCUGUGACUUCACAGUCCUUUCUCUCGGUAAGAAAGCUUCACACUCGCGUGGGAUGGCCCGGGACACUCAGCCCAAACGUGCAGCUACAAGAGAAGAGGUGCUCAUUGUUUUAUUUGGGUCCCGUAUUCCUCGAGAAAUGCGAGACCUGGGAGU